AUGGCAUUUAUUCGUUUAUCUUUAUUCAUUCUUUUGGUGUGUAUUACUUUCAUCGCCGCCGCACCGAUUCCGGAUUGUUCGACCGGCCAAAAUUACCAAGUUGGCUGUGGAAAUACGGGUACAUAUGAUGUCGGAAACAAUAACGGCGGAACUACCGAUGUAGGAAAUUAUAAUGGGAUCGGAAACGCAGCCGGCACAACUAAUAAUGGUAAUAACGUUGUUGGUAAUAAUAAUGGAAGUAAUAAUGCCGGCAGUAACAAUGGAAAUACGGUUGUUGGAGAUAAUAAUGGCAGUUCAAAUGGUUCUAUCGGAACUCCUAAUAGCGGAAACAAUAACGGUAAUUUAAAUGUUGGUAGUAAUAAUG